AUGAGCUCAGAGACGGCGACACAUUCAAAGCCUCACGCGCUACCGGAAUGGCCGCCCCUGCUCUCACUUGCUUAUCAACGGGAGCUCACAGACCUCGCAGCGGACUGGGCGAUGUCGCAUGGGCUUGUCUACCGGCCUCCUGCGAACCCGCCCUCCGAGCCUCACCCGUCGACAUCCCGCGUCAUACAUGCCCCUUUCACGCUCUUCCCCUCUCCUCUCCCGCGCACACUGUACGAACUAGGCAGGAAGCUUCAGCCAUUGUAUAACGCUCUCUAUGCGCGGGUCGCACUUGAUGUGCCCUGGCUCGAGAAGACCAUGGGCGCGGUGGCGAAGGUGGACGACUUCCAGCUGCAGCUGUGCAAGAUAUGGCGGCAGGUUAGGGAGGAGGGUAUCACCCAGGUGCAACUCGGCCUGUGGAGAUCGGACUACCUCGUUCAUACCCUGCCUGAUGGAGCUUUCACCCUCCGACAAGUGGAAUUCAACUGCAUCUCUUCCUCUCUCGGGGCAUUAGCGUCAAGGACGAGCAAGAUGCACCGGUACCUACAAUCCGCGACGGGAUACUAUGGUGUACAUCCGCUGCUCGACGCUCGUAAUUUACCUGAGAACGGGGCUCUGCAGGGGCUGGCAGCAGGCAUCGCUGAAGCGCACAAGGCAUAUGGUGUUCCUAACGCGACCGUGCUCUUCCUUGUCCAAUCCCACGAGCGGAACGCAUUCGACCAACGGUGGCUAGAAUACGACCUGCUUGAGAAGUACGGCGUGCGGGUUGAGCGUGUCACCUUUUCCGAUCUGGUCGCAUCUGCGAGUUUGUCGGAAAGCAAGCAGUUGCUCUACUCCUCCCCUCUCGCCUCUGAACCACUUGAGAUCUCGGUCAUGUACAUGCGUGCUGGAUACACACCGGACGAUUAUCCGGACGAGAAGGCGUGGGAGGUACGACUCCUAGUCGAACGGAGUAAGGCGAUCAAGUGCCCUACUGUUGGUGCACAGCUCGCUGGUGCGAAGAAGGUGCAGCAGGCGUUGAUGGAAGAGGGGGUCCUCGAGAGUUUCAUGCUCGACUCUUCCCGGGGAGCAGAGAAGUUCACCGAGGCUGAUCUUGCCCUCCUCCGAGCUUCGUUCGCACCUAUGUAUCCGCUCGAUGCGACAACACUCCAGCAAACGAUCGACCAUGCCGACCAUCUUGUGCUCAAGCCCCAGCGUGAGGGAGGGGGCAACAACGUCUACCGGUCUAAUAUCCCGUCGUUCUUGGAGAAGCUCCCUGUGGCGGAACGUGAUGCUUGGGUAGUCAUGGAGCUCAUCGAGCCCCCGCCUUCGCGCAGUGUGCUGAUCAAGGCUGGUACAAGUGAGCAGGGAGGGACAGAGGGCGACGUCAUUUCUGAACUUGGGGUAUACGGGGUCUGCUUGUACAGGAAGGAUAGUGAAGGAACGUGUGUGAUCGAUGUUAACAGGGAGUGCGGGUAUUUGGUGAGGACGAAAGGAAGGGAAAGCAAUGAGGGUGGGGUUGCUGUCGGGUUUAGCUACUUAGAUUCUUUGGUGCUGGUUGACUGA